AUGGCCUCGCGUAGUACGGAGCACCUUGCAACGUGUGAGUCGAUGUCGACUGGUGCCAAGUUUUCCCAUGCCGCGCUGUCCGCGAUGGCGCCUGACCUUACGAAUCCGACAAGCAGUUCAACCAUUUGUUCAGAGGUGCAACAUUUUAGGCGCUUUCUCAACUUCGCCUGCUUGUCCCGCGGUUUCGACAACCUCGGCGUCCCCACGCUCAACGACAUUUGUUGCGCGGAAUCCGACGACGACCUUGGCGCCGUGGAUGUAGUAUUCAGCUUAGUAGACGAUUGGGAAUGUUUAGCGUUUGUUUGA